AUGGCGCGAGCCCCAAGCACGCCGACCCCGUCCGAUGACCGGACGAUCGUCGCAGCGUCCCACGGAGACUACGACGACGAUGGUUCCUCAACCAUUAGCCGACUGAGCUCGCGAUCCUCUCUCGACCUCCACCGAACUUCCUCGAGCCGCAAGCACCGAAGCCGCCGCGCGGCCAAUACCUGGCGAGCCAUCUCCUUUGUCGCCGCCCUUGUCUCUGCCCUCUGCGCAGGGUCUAUUACCGUAUUCUCCAUGUACGGCCACAUCUUCCAGGAGCGCCUGCAUUAUACCCAGUUCCAGGUGAACGGUCUCGCCAUCAGCAGCUCCGUCGCCCUCUACCUGCCGGUGUCUUUUCUCGGCUACAUCUGCGAUCGCAUCGGCACACCGCCCCUGUCGCUCCUGGCGGCCAUCCUGUUCAGUGGAGGUUACGGACUGGCCGCCGGGACAUACCGUCAACUCGAGAAUGAGAACCUUGGAGGUCUGCGCGACAUGGCUGGCCGGCGCGUCGCGGGCGGCGCGGACUGGACAUACCCGCUAAUGAUUUUCGCCUUUGUCUGCGUCGGCGUCGGUACUUGCUCCAUGUACCUGGCCGCUGUCGCGACUUGCGCGAAGAACUUUGGUAAGGGGAAACACCGUGGUCUGGCUUUGGCUGUACCCAUUGCCGCGUUCGGAUUGAGCGGCAUGUGGCUCAGCCAGCUCGGAAGCCGCGUGUUCUACGAGAGAUUGCAGGACGGCUCAGCCGGAGACCUGGACGUCUUCCACUUCUUCAUCUUCCUCGCAAUCCUCCUGCUGGCGGUUGGUGUAAUUGGAACCUUCACGCUGAAGGUGGUUGACGAAGAGGAGAUCAUCGAUGAAGCUGUCGAGGAGCUCGAGAGGAGCGGCCUCCUGGAGCGGAGCACUUCGUUCCUCAGUGCGCGCGGUGGUGAUCGGGGCAGGGGAUACGGUGCUAUUGGGCAGAUUGACGACGAGGAGGAUGUCGGACCGGCCGAGGACGAUGCCAAGUUGAAGAAGAAACUCGUCCUCAACGCCGAGACGAGAAGUUUCCUGACCGACCGGACCAUGUGGUUCUUCGCCUUGGGUUUCCUGCUCAUGAUCGGACCGGGCGAGGCCUUCAUCAACAACCUCGGCACCGUCAUCGGAACUCUGUACCCCCCAACCAUGCAUUACGUCGGACCCCCGACAUCGGCCGCCACCCACGUGUCAAUCGUGGGUAUCACCAGCACCGUCGCACGUCUGGCGACAGGUACCCUGACGGAUCUGCUGGCGCCAUCGCCGCAGACACAGCAUCUGCAGGUGACGUCGAACCCGCCUUUCAUCCGCGGCAGACUCACCAUUUCCCGCGUCGCGUUCCUCCUCUUCUUCGCCAUCAUCCUGUCUCUUGGCCUCGUCGCCCUGGCAUCGGGCUUCAUCCAAGAGCACGGCGAGAGGUUCUGGAUCGUGUCCGGCCUGAUCGGCUCCGGAUACGGAGCCGUCUUCAGUCUCACGCCCAUCAUAAUCACAGUCAUUUGGGGCGUCGAGAACUUCGCGACCAACUGGGGCAUCGUGGCCAUGUUCCCUGCCCUGGGCUCGACCUUUUGGGGCAUCGUCUACUCGGCCAUUUACCAAUCCGGCGCGACAAAAUCCCCUUCGCCUGGACAGGGCGGAGACGUCUUCUGCUACGGCAAGCAGUGCUACGCGCCGACAUUCUGGGCCAUGGCCGUCACCGUAUGGGCGGCGUGCGGAAUGGUGUUGUAUGCCUGGAAGGGCAAGAAUGGAUGGGCCCAGCGUGGCAUUGUAAUCUAG